AUGUUAUCUCGUAAACGAUACUUUGCAAAUUUCCAAAAAAAAAAAAUUAUUAAUUUUAACAAUUUAUUCGAUUUAACUCAAAAAUACAAUUUCACCAAUACUGUUUGUCAUAAUAAUCAUAAUAAUGAAAUUAUUACGACAAAAACCGAGAACGCGAAACUACGAAUUCUCGGAGUUGCCAAAUCACCCAAAUCUCUAAUACCUCCGAAAAAAUUGGAAUUAAGUGAAAGAUUUAGUAACAUAUUUAGUGCAGAAAAGAAUAAAGAGAAGCGAGAAGAAUUAUUAAAAAAGUACAAAACAUCAUAUUGGAAAGAUUUUAAUGAAUUAAGAGCAAAUGGUGAAAAAUUAUGGGAAGCUGACACGGAAUUGGUUAAUGCUGAGAAAGCAUUAUACAUGCCAAAUAUUAAAGCACGAACAUUGAAUAGACCCAUAAUUGAUACAACAGAUUUGUUAGAAGGACAUGUUUCUUUGGUUUCUAUAGUUUUUAAUCAAUUCGGAGAAAAUCAUACCAAGACUUUUAUUAAUCCAUUUCUCCAAGAAUUUUUUAAUCAUGAUAAAAUACAACUCAUACAGGUUAACAUUGAGAUGAAUUUUGCAAAGUCUUUACUUUUAAGACUUUUAAUUCCAUAUAUUAAAAGAACAAUUCCUGUAUCCCAACAUGUAUGUUUAUUUUAA